CACGAACGGAGGGCGAACCCGAGUUCCCCUUCCCGCCACCAUGGCGGCCGCCGCCGCCGCCGGCACAACCGCGUCCGCUGUCUCCGCCCUUGUCGCCUCCGGCCGACUCUUCACCGCCCUCGACGCCCUCCCCGCGUCAUAUUCCUCCUCCCAGAUCCCUUCCUCGGUCUACGCCUCCCUCCUCCGCCUGGUCACCUCCUGCCGGUCCCUCGCCGCCGCCCGCCGCAUCGCCUCCCACCUGGCAUCCUCCUCUGCACCCUCAACCUCCGCCUCUUCGACGUCUACAUCCACCUCAUCGAGCCCCAGCUUCCUCUUUAACCGCGCCAUCGAGUCGCUCGCUGUCUGCGGCAGCCUCACCGACGCGCGGGAGCUGUUCGACGCAAUGCCGCGCCGGGACGGUGGCUCUUGGAACGCCAUCAUCUCUGCUUACUCCCGCGGAGGAGACCCCGCCGAAGCGGUUUCCCUUUUCUCUGCCAUGAACUCCCGUGGCGUUCGCCCCAAGGACGUCACGCUAGCUUCAGUGCUCGGGUGUUGUGCCAAGUGUGUAGACCUCCGUGGUACCCAGCAGCUCCAUGCCCAUAUCGCCAAGAGGGACUUUCAAUCAAAUGUGAUUCUUGGCACUGCACUGGUUGACGUGUAUGGGAAGUGCUUUGCCCUCUCAGAGGCAAGGAGGGCAUUUGAUGGCAUCGCAAAACCCAGUGCCAUUUCAUGGAAUGUCGUUAUCCGGCGCUAUCUUCUUGCUGGGAUGGGGGAUAUGGCAGUUGACAUGUUCUUUCGGAUGAUCUGGGCAGGAAUUAGGCCACUUGUUUAUACUGUCUCACAUGCAGUCCUUGCUUGCCGAGAUAACGGUGCGCUUGAAGAGGGAAGAUGCAUACAUACUUUUGUGCUCCGACAUGGGUAUGAGAAGCACGCACAUGUGAGGAGCUCAGUUGUGGAUAUGUAUGCGAAAUGUGGUGCCAUUGAUGCAGCUCAGAGGCUGUUCAACUUGGCACAAAUGAAGGAUGUCGUAAUGUCCACUUCAAUUGUGUCAGGAUUGGCUGCCUGUGGUAGGAUUACUGAUGCAAAACAGGUGUUUGAUGGGAUGGAAGAACAUAAUUUGGUGUCCUGGAAUGCUAUGUUAACUGGCUAUGUCAAGUCCAUGGAUAUGACUGGUGCUUUGCAAUUAUUCCAGCAGAUGAGGCAGGAGACUAAGGAGCUUGAUGCUGUCACUCUGGGUUCUGUGCUCAAUGCUUGUACUGGGCUUCUUGAUCUUGGGAAAGGCGAGGAGGUGCAUGCAUUUGCUUUCAAGAGUGGUUUAAUCAGUAAUCCUUUCCUGAAGAAUGCUCUCACAAGAAUGUAUUCCAAAUGUGGAUGCCUAAGGAGUGCAGAACGGCUGCUUCUAUUUGAGAUGGGAUCAAAAAGAGACAGUUACUCCUGGAACUCACUUAUCUCAGGUUAUGAACGCCACUCGAUGAGCGAAGCAGCUCUACAUGCACUCAGCGAGAUGCAAUAUGAGGCGACACCUAAUCAAUCGACAUUCAGCUCAGCACUGGCAGCCUGUGCCAACAUAUUUCUCCUUAAUCAUGGGAAGCAGAUUCAUGCAUACAUGAUUAGAAACGGUUAUGUGAUUGAUGAUAUACUGCGAAGUGCACUUAUUGACAUGUACUCCAAGUGUAGAUUGUUUGAUUAUUCCAUUAGUGUCUUUGAGGCAGGACAAUCACAAGAUGCCAUCCUCUGGAAUUCAAUGAUAUUUGGAUGUGCUUAUAAUGGCAAAGGUGAGUAUGGGCUUGAAUUGUUCUUUGAAAUGAGCAAGCAGGGGAUUCAGCCAGACUCUGUCACUUUCCUUGGUGCAUUGGUUUCAUGUAUUAGUGAAGGGCAUGUUGGUUUGGGAAGGAGUUAUUUCACCCAGAUGACUGAUGAAUACAACAUCGUGCCUCGCAUUGAGCACUACGAAUGCAUGAUUGAGCUGUUGGGCAAGCAUGGCCACAUGGUUGAGCUUGAGGAUUUUAUAGAGCACAUGCCAUUCGAGCCAACUACUGCAAUGUGGCUGAGGAUCUUUGACUGCUGCAGGGAAUAUGGGAACAGAAAAUUAGGGGAAAGGGCUGCGAAGUGCAUCAAUGACAGCAACCCCCUGACACCAGUUCGAUUUGAGAUUGCUCCAGACUGCAAUUACAGUGAUGAUGACAGUGAAGAGUCAAUGCCAACGAGCUGGGAGGGUCAAAAUUAAGCUGGUCCUGUGAGCUCCGUUCAAUUCACAAAUAGAUGGCUAAAGUGCUAAUGACCGAGCUGCACCAAGGGACGAACCCAUAAUUUCAUCUCCCUUGAAGGUGAAUAGGUGAUAGCAGUCGUGACUCGUGACAGGACUGCUUAGACGAGCCGCAUUGUGGUAUAUCAGGAGUUGAAGACCUCAAGCUCCCUCAACCGAUUUGCAUGCCUGAUUUCGAACAUGAUUUGGUUAAAUUCUUGUGAUCUCGUGGCCCAGAAUUACCUAUACCAGACCUCAUAUCACACGAUUCAUCUGCAGCCAGUCAUGGGGUUGUGGCGAUCCAGAAUUUUGGGAUAUUGCUUUCUGAUUUGAAACUUCUUCCAUGAGACUAGGAGAAUUUUGGGAUCAUGCAACUGGGAAGGCCCCUGCGUCGUCCUUGCCUUGGUAGUAUACGAAUAUCACGUGUUUCUGGUGCUUUGUGUUAAUUGUACAUAAUUCCACUUUAUUUGUGGAAACAACAGUUGGUCGGGAAUGCAUAUGAAAAGCCGGGAUGGCCAAGGAGAGCCAUCCAAUCCAAAUUUCAUUAAGACAAGAAUUCAUGGGAAUGCAUAUGAAAGAUGCAAUAGGAUGACAAACUUCACGUCCUGGAUGUCUUUUUGCUCUGAAUUGCUCGUCAUUUCAUCCUCACAGUUUAGUAUUAUCUUCGUUUUACAUUAUAAGAUUUUAUAGU